GUGUGUGUGUGUGUGUGUGUGUGUGUGUGUGUGUGUGUGUGUGUGUGUGUGUGUGUCCAACCCAGUGGAGUUCACCAAACUGGACCUAGCGUCUUCGCAGUCUGUCCAUCAAUUUGUCCAGAGCUUCAAGGAGCGGGACCUGCCGCUAAACAUCCUGGUCAAUAAUGCAGGGGUCAUGUUGCUUCCCGAAGGCCGUACUGAGGAUGGAUUUGAGCAGCACUUUGGCGUGAACUACCUAGGCCACUUCCUGUUGACCUGGCUGCUCCUGGAUACACUGAAGGAUUCUGGGAAAUAUGGUUACUUCUCACGAGUGGUCAAUGUCUCCUCCUCUGCCCACCGCAUUGGCGAGAUUAGACUAAAUGAUUUAAAUAGCUGCCAGAGUUAUUCAGCCCAUGCUGCUUAUUGUCACAGUAAGUUGGCCCAGCUGUGGUUUAGUUCCCACCUCCACCAGGAGCUGCAGUGCGGAGGUUUCCCACUGAGUUCCUGUGCUGUGGACCCUGGCAUGGUGGACACUGCUCUCUAUCGCCACCUGUGGACACCCCUCUGCCUGGCACAGAGCACUAUUGCUCGUCUGCUUUUCAGGACUCCCGCAGAAGGCGCCACCACUGUGCUGUUUGCCGCCCUGUCACCGGCUCUGGAGGGGGGGGGAUGUGGAGGAGGCUACUGGGCCAAUGGACACAGGGAGAUGACAACACCCCCGUCCUUUGACCCCCAGCUGCAGCUAAGCCUAUGGGAAACCAGCAUCCAGUUGCUGGGCCUGCAGUAGCAGUGGACAAAAGGAAUAACUGGGCUAAACCUGAAAGAAAACAUCAGAUUGGCUUUAAGACACUCGGGCAAACUUGCCACCUUCUCCCUAUUUCUCAGUGUUUCCAUCCGCACCUCACAUCAAGGUGUUCGUAGCGAUUUAUGUUGACAAUCUGACAAUCCACCACUGGACUGUGAUUGUUUAUUAGGGGACGAAAAUAUGUCUUUUUUGAUUUAGACGAGCCAAAGAAGGACUACAGGGAAUGAAAGACGUUUGAGGAGAAUUAGAAUAGGAUUAUAUCAUUAUAGGAUUCACAGUUACUGGGCAGCUGCUCAGAUUGGCCUUUAGUAAAGUUUAUUUCCUGAUCAUAAAUAGAAAAAACCUGAUGUCAGGCCGGAGAAAUAAUUCAAUAGUAUCAUGUUCAAAAACAUACAAUGACAGCUGCCUCACUCUGCCUUAAUGUCUGGCUUUCAGUAAAGAUCUUCAUUGUCCCUCAGUGAACUAAAUACUGUUUCACAGGCUUCUAAAAACCGAACAAAUAAACAUCUUAGGAAACAUUAAGAUGCAUUUCGGGCAAAUUAUUCAAUUGAAAAGCUGAAUUUUAACAUUGCGUACUGGCUCCACACAUUCAUGCACCACGACAAUGAACUGAAAUCUGAACCCGCCUUGUGCUGGCAGAGGAACGUGAUGUCAUUAGUUUGCAUUCACACAUCGCAAUGAACAUCUCACCAUCAUUUGGUUUGACUGGGAGCCCUUUGUGUUUGGCUCAUUCGCUGCUUUUACAAGUUAAUGCUGAAUCAUCAUGCUAACUGCUGGUAAGUGUAUUGUAAGCUGUUUUUGGUGAAAUCUGUUUUCCUCAUGAAGAUGCUGGGAAAACGUGAUCAUGAUAAUCCAUCGAAAGAAAUUCCCACUUACUGAUCAGGGGAUUUAGGAAGACAAAAGAAAGAGAUCGGAUGUAAAAGUAGGACUACAUUUGGAAUAACUUCCUGGUGUUGACAUUGAAUUGAUGCAAGGAUCAAGGAUUUCCAGAAUGGUUGUUUUUUCCUGCACAGAAACCAAACCGUAAUGAUGGGGACCAAACCGCACUUCACUCUGUCCCCAUUUUCCUUUUGUGCUCUGUGUUAAUCGCUUUUACUGUGUCCGUGGUAUGUAUGUGUGUGUGUGUGUGUGUUUGUUCACAUGAGUUAGGACUUAACUCCUGCUCUAGACUCAAUUCAUGUUGAUGGAUAGCACAACAAUGGCCAUUCCUGGAGGAACUGCGACGGGAAGUAGAGAGGGAGGGAAAGCUCCAGUAUUCAAGCUAUGACUGGUUGCUCAUUGCUGCCACUUCCUCAUUUGGCGAUGCUCCCAGUGCAUUGUGGGUUUGAGAUUUCCCAGCGGUGAGAGGCAAACUCCAUCUGCUGAGCUGGCUUAUUUAAACAAGCACAUUGCAAACAAUCACGUCUGUUACUCAUGCAGGAAAAUACUGACACACACGUCGUACACACUGCGCCAUAAUGCCAUCUCCACUGUGAUAAACCAUUUUAGCUGUGAAGAUGAAAAGUUUGAUCUGAAAUGAACACGUUUUGGCUACAAAUCCUGCCCCAACAUGCCAUCCCAUUGCUGUGUGUGUAUAUUGUUGCUUUGAAUACUACCACUGAGCAUCCAGCAAUUGUUAAUAUCUGCCGUAUGUGAAGCAAUAGUAUCACUGUGGAAGCUGAUUCAGCCAGUAGCACAGAGACAGGCAUUCACACAAGUAAAACAAACCCAAAAGUGUGAACAUGUAAAUGUCAAAAAUACCAGCUUCAAGUUAUCCAUAAUAUCAGGAAUUCAAAAUGUCUUCUGUCUACAUGUAUAGAAAAAAUGUUCAUUGAAGCGGUGGUUGUUGAUGCGUUUCCGAAUGGUUACAUUGAAAGCUAUAUUGUCCCCAAUGUAACCCACAGUUAGAAACUAAUGGUGUGUUCAAGCUCUCCUCGUCAAAUCAUUUAAAGUUUAGAGCUAUGAUGUUUAACAUCAACAUGACGAACAGCAGGUAAACAGUGGACCAGGUUAUAAGUUAACGUAUCCAUGAUACUUCCAUUUAUCUGUGAUGCCCUGUGAUUAACACGUCCAUGCUGCAAAUAGUGGAGUUCAUGCAUGCCUUCCAUUAUUUACAACCUAGUGUUGGUGCACUCCAUGUGAUAUGAUGACCAGCGAUAGAUCACCUCACUUCAACGUCUGGUAAAUAUAUCAUGAUCACAUGACUUAAUGAGUUGACACAGAUUGCCUGAAUGCACCGCUGAGCAGUCAGCUAGCACAUAAAGAGUUAUUGCAAACUCCAGAAAUAUGAAUUUACCAUAGAACAAAACUGCAUUAUCAAUUACAUUUGAAAGACAAGCACAUAUUGUCUCCCGUAAUAGCUUUUUUUGGCGUAUCACAUUGCAAAUGUACAAGUUAGGAGCUACAUAAAUAAAUAUGAAAAUUCCGAUAUCUCAUGAAAGCAGCAUAAGUCCAGGAAAAUACAUCACAGUUUAAGAUUUUCGUCAAUCACAUAAUAACUUAAAUGUUUUCAAUCAGGCCAGGUUUCAGUAAUUUCACCUAAAAACAAUCGGGUUGAAAUUGUGAAUAAUGAAUUUUCUAACUGCUCAAAAACAAACCGCUAAUCGCCUCAGUGCUUCCUUGAUUGACUGUGUGCUUCCCCGAGGUUUCUGACUAAAUAACAAAACGACAAAGCAAAGACUUGCUAAAACAAACCCUUCCCUUCACACAAAUGAAAACACCAGCUACUACUCUACAGUGCUCAUUUCAAAAGUACAAGGCCACAGUCUACAGGCUGUCAAAGAGCUACUGCGUUUCUCACAGUCCAGCCUCUGCAGCCGAUGUUCUAAAACCUGACUGUCUUUCUUACCUGAGCACAAGGUUUUCCAAAGACGAGGCGAGGGGGAUCGUGAGGGUCUGAUUUGGGUUUCUUGUUGUAGAAGAGGAAGGCUAAAUUAUCGUUAUAUACUAACCAUGAUCCUGAAGCGUUCUACACAUACAGUCAACUUUCUGAACUUGAAUUGAGAAUAUAGAAAAAGAGCAAAAAGGCUCAAGUAACUGUCUAUGAUAUUGUCUGUGUGUGAUUUACUCUAUUUCGAAGCCGCUGGACGUUGACCAGUGGAGCUAUAUGUAGACUGAAAAUGUUCUAAUAGCCAUUUUACCGUCUGACCUGGGAUUACAUUUAUAUUAAAUGUUUCAUUCCCAAGUUCUGCAAAUGCUAAAUGUGUAUAUGUACUGUAUAGAAAGAAAGACAUAAUAUAAAGAUGUAUACAGGGGGAAACCAGAUGGACUGAGUCCUUAUACUGGUACUAGUCCUAGUUAUUAAAAAAAAACAUGCUGACAUUUAUCUAUCCUUUCACCUUUAUUGCCAUAUCCCCUUAUAACAUGUUCUCCUUUGGUGCUAUAGUGCAACCUUUUCACCAGAGUCCCUACGGGCUGCAUAUAGAGGAGUCCAGCGUAAACACUCAGUCCAUCUAACCCCCUGAGGAUGUAUGAAAUGUGCAAGAUGUUUGAUUUUUUAUUAUUAUUUUGUUGUUGUUGAAAUACACAUCUUAUUGCUUUUGCUGUGCCUAAAAAGAAAAUCUCCCUCAUAAAUGUGUAACCGUGAAUUUUACAUGUAGAAAUGAGCUUGUAGGAUCUGUGAUUAUCGUCUUGUCCUGUGUAUUGCCGUAUUCUCUUUUUGGAGUGAUGGGUUUGUGUGUGUGUGUGUGUGUUUGUGUGCAUGCAUGCGUGAGUGAGUGAGUAUGUGUGUGUGUGAAUGUUUGUAUGUGUGUGUCUAGAUAAGGGAGUUCAUGUUUUUUGUCAAUGGUUGUGACAUUCCAGCAGCAGCCACCACCUUUUCUAUUAUCCAAAGCCUCUCAAUAAACAUAUCAUUGUGCCA